AUGGCAGCUGUAGAAAAGCCCGUACUUGUGGACAAAAUGGGGGCCCGAAGUACGGUGUGGAAAUAUUUCAGGUUCAAACUGAACGAGAAAGGCGAGCCACUGAACCCAGAAGCACCGCAGUGCAAGCGAGGCUCACAGGAUCCUCAAAUUGUCUCCAUGAAUUCCUCAUCUUAUAACUAUAAUGUGUCGAGCGGUCUGAGUUAUCGAGACUCUUUGAGCACAGCUGUAGCCAAAAAUGUGAUUGUUCUGGCUCUUGGCCUUACCAUCAACUACAUCAAUGGUACACUGAUUCAUACCUUCAGAAAACACCAGGUAUUUUAUGUGAAUCCUCGUUACAUCCUAUUCAUCCACCUGGUCUUGAAUGAUAUGAUCCAGCUUACAACAACAAUCAGCCUGUUUGUCUUUAGUUAUGUCUUCUAUAAAAUUAAUACUUCCUUCUGUUGCCUCAUCAUUACCUUUGCUGUCUUCACCACCCUCAACACUCCAUUAAAUUUAGCUGUCAUGGCAGUGGAGUGCUACAUCGCUAUUUGUUUACCACUGCGACACGCUGAGUUCUGCACCAUCAAAAGAACAUACACUCUGAUUGCUUGGAUCUGGGCCAUGAGUGCAGUUUCGACCCUGCCAGAUGUGUUUAUUGUUGUGGCAACAGAACCUGUGCAGUUAUUUUAUUCCACAAUUUUUUGUGAGAGGGAUAACCUGUUCUCCCACCCAAUAAGUUUAAAAAAGAGGGAUGUUUCCUACAUCAUUUCCCUAAUUAUUGUUUGGCUCACGCUCUUCUUUACUUACUUCAAGAUCUUCUUUGCUGCUAAAGAGGCUAAAGAGGCUAAAUCUAGAGAUGGAGAUGCAAAGAAAGCCAGGAAUACGAUCCUGCUUCAUGGCUUUCAGCUACUGUUGUGUAUGCUAACCUAUGUAGCCCAUGUGUUAAAAAAGGGUCUGUUGUACUGGUUCCCUAAACAUUAUGUACAUGUAGUCUUUGUUUGUUAUAUUAUGAUCCAGAUGCUCCCCAGGUUUGUCAGUCCUAUGGUGUAUGGGCUACGAGACAAGACAUUUAGACAGCACUUGAAAAAGUAUCUGCUAUGUACAGACUAA